AUGGAGAUCAAGAGCCCUAACAAUCCUCAGGAAAGACCCACACCCUCUACUAAUGGGAGGGCUUCAGUGGAAGACAAUCAUUUGUUGAUUAAAGCUAUUAAAAAAGAAGACAUUGAGCUGGUCCAGCAAUUGCUAAGAAAAGGGGCUGAUGUCAAUUUCCAGGAUGAAGAAUGGGGCUGGUCACCUUUGCAUAAUGCAGUACAAGGCAACGAGGACAUUGUGGAUCUUCUGCUUAACUAUGGUGCUGAGCCUUGUCUGCGGAAGAGGAAUGGGGCCACUCCCUUCAUAGUUGCUGGCAUCGCUGGAAAUGUGAAGGUGCUCAAACUUUUACUUCCGAAAGUAGCAGAUGUCAAUGAGUGCGAUGUUCAUGGCUUCACAGCUUUCAUGGAAGCCUCUGCGUAUGGUAGAGUCGAAGCCUUAAGGUUCCUGUAUAAGAAUGGAGCAAAGGUGAAUUUGCAUCGAAAGACAAAGCAGGAUCAAGAGAAGAUUAGGAAAGGAGGGGCCACUGCUCUCAUGGAUGCUGCUGAAGAAGGGCAUGUAGAUGUCGUGAGAAUCCUCCUUCACGAGAUGGGGGCAGAUGUCAAUGCCCGAGACAAUAUGGGCAGAAAUGCUUUGACCUAUGCUCUUCUGAACUCUGAUAACGAGAAGGUGAAGGCCAUUACUCGCCUUCUGCUGGACUGUAAGGUUGAUGUCAAUGUGAGGGGGGAAGGAAGGAAGACGCCCCUGAUCCUGGCAGUGGAAAAGAAGAACCUGGGUUUGGUGCACAUGCUUCUGGAACAAAAACAUAUAGAGAUCAAUGACACAGACAAUGAGGGCAAAACAGCACUGCAUCUUGCUGUCGAACUCAAGCUAAAGGAAAUCGCCCAGUUGCUGUGCCACAAAGGAGCCAGAACAGAUUGUGGAGACCUUCUUGCCAUAGCAAGGCGCAAUUAUGACCAUGACCUUGCAAAGUUUCUUGGCCAGCAUGGAGCCAUAGAAGAUUUUCACCCUCCUGCUCAAGACUGGAAGCCGCAGAGCUCACGUUGGGGGGAAGCCCUGAAACAUCUCCACAGGAUAUACCGCCCUAUGAUUGGCAAACUUAAGAUCUUUAUUGAUGAAGAAUAUAAAAUUGCUGACACUUCUGAAGGGGGCAUCUACCUGGGGUUCUACGAAGACCAAGAGGUAGCUGUGAAGCUAUUCUAUGAAGGCAGCACACAUGGACAAAAUGAAGUCUCCUUGUUGCAGAGCAACCGAAUCAACAGUAAUGUGGUGACAUUCUAUGGCAGUGAGAACUACAAGGGCUCUCUGUAUGUGUGCCUCGCCCUGUGUGAACACACACUGGAGGAGCACUUGGCCGACCACAGAGGGGAAGCUGUGCAAAACAAGGAAGAUGAGUUUGCUCGAAAUGUCCUCUCAUCUCUAUUUAAGGCUGUUGAGAAACUACACCUGUCUGGAUACACUCACCAGGAUCUGCAGCCACAAAACAUGUUAAUAGAUUCCAAGAAUGGUGCUUGCCUGGCAGAUUUCGAUAAAAGCAUCAAGUGGACUGGAGAUCCACAGGAAAUCGAGAGAGAUCUAGAGGCCCUGGGACUGCUGGUCCUGUACGUGGUAAACCAGGGAGACAUUUCUUUUGAGAGGCUGAAGGAUCUAAGAACUGAAGAGUUGAUUCAACUUUCUCCAGAUGAGGAAACUCGGGACAUCAUUCAUCACCUGUUCUCCCCUGGGGACAAUGUGAAGGACCAUCUGAGUGGCCUGCUGGGUCAUCCCUUCUUUUGGAGUUGGGCGAGCCGCUACAGGACCCUUAGGGAUGUGGGAAAUGAAUCUGACAUCAAAACGAGAAAUGCUAAUGGCAAGAUCCUCCGGCAUCUGCAACCUGGAACAUCUGAACUUUCCACAAGUUUUGCCCAGUGGACGACUAAGAUUGACAAAUUUGUGAUGGAAAAAAUGAAUAAGUUUUAUGAAAAAGGCAAUGUUUAUCAGGACACCGUGGGUGACCUGCUGAAGUUCAUCCGGAACUUGGGAGAGCACAUUGAUGAAGUAAAGAAUAAAAAGAUGAAGUCAAAAAUUGGAGAACCUUCCCAGUAUUUUCAGGAGAAAUUUCCCGAUCUGGUCAUGUAUGUCUAUAGGAAACUACAGAACACAGAAUACAAAAAGCAUUUUCCAAAAACUCAUCUAAAUAAGCCUAGGUGUGAUGGAGGUGGUGGUGGUGAGCAGGCUGGCCAGCCCUAG